CGGCAAUGGCUGUUCCUCGCGAAGCACUGGCCAAGGAGUUGUCGUGCCCCGUGUGCCUGGAGCUGUUCACCCCUCCCAUUCUGGAGCUGCCCUGUGGCCACAACUACUGCAAGCAGUGCAUUGAGGCCACGCUCUUCUCUCAGAACUGUACCCACGUGAAUGGUCACUUCUACUGCCCCAUGUGCAGAAAACUCACCUACCUGCGAGGAAGGGGCAUCGCCAUCCUAAAGCGAAACAUCUUUGCGGAGAACGUGCUGGAGAAGUUCAAGCAGGAGUUGGAGAUGAUUUGCAACAAGGAGCACAGCCAGCAGAUGUGUGAGAAGCAUGACGAGGAACUUGUCAACCUGAUGUGUCUGCAAGAUGACAUGCCCAUCUGCAGCAUGUGCAAACUGUUCGGAGACCACCAGUGUCAUGAUGUCGCCAAGCUUGCAGACAUUUACCAGGAGAGGAAGAUGUGUUUCACUGAUACCAUGAAGUCUCUGAACACCAGGAAUCAGAGUGUUUCGGGAACCAUCCAGUCUGUUCUGCCCCAGCAGGAAAUUGAGAAGCAGAUAAACGAUACGGUGACUUCCUGCAAGGACGCCAAGACCAUGAUAGACGUGGUGGGGGCCACUCUGAUGCGACACCUGAGGUCCAAGAUCAACGCCCUCAAGGUGGAGGUGGACGGUGAGAGGGUCCAGAAGAUCGAGAAGUUGCAGGAGAUACUGGCCACUCUCCACCGGCCCUCCCAGCUCUACCUGCAGAUGAAACGACUGCUGGACUCCCACCUGAACACCGCCCACUUCCUGAAGGAGGAGAAGCCGCUGCGGGCGGAGGCGGGGAGGAUCGCCCAGGAGCCCCCUCUCCAGACCCCGGAGGAAGGCUGCAUCUCCGUGGCCCACUACUUCAAGGAGCUGGUCAAGGGCAUCGACAUGAAAGACUUCAGCUUCUCGGGAAUGAACCGCAUCCAGCUGAACAGCGGGGAGGAGAUCGGGACCUGGGUGUCUGCCUGCUCCACCCUCAGCGCCUCUCCGGCCGAUGAGCUGGACCAAGUCAUUCACCAAAUCAUGUACAACCUGGGCUUCAAGAGCAGCUGGACCGACGAGUACGAGGAGUACGAAUCCUUCCUCGCAACCACAAGCGCAUCGCACUGCAUCAACGGGCCUCAGGAGAUGGACGGGAUGCCGAUGGAGAGGACCGACUUGUAA